AUAGCCUCAAUUUAUGCAAAUACAGAAAAUAAGUUUGACAUAACCUCAUUAACUCAUGAAUGUUGUUUAUUGGUAAUCCUAACCAAGUAUAAUUCUAUUGUUCAUAUUGCAGUGCAAAUAACACUCAAGAUAUAGAUUAGAUUAAAAUAAUAUUUGAGUUACCAAAUGUUAUGAUUUAAGGUAGUGGCUUUGCAGAAUUAUUGGAAUGGAAACUGAGUUAAACAUCUUUCUUCUCCAGGCGAGAAAAAGCAUUAAAAAUCUUCUAACAUUCAAAAGCGUGUUGGUGAUUCUUGGAAAUGAAACAUGCGAUUUGGACUCUGCCAUUUCAAGUUUGACAUAUGGUUUGCUACUAAAUCAUUUGAAGACCCCAGAGAGUGUCGUUAUCCCGGUAUUCAACAUUCCUCGAGAACAUUUGCCAGUGAAGACUGAAGUCAUUUACUUCCUCAAUAAACUCAACAUUGGUUUAGACAAUGUUAUCUGUAGAGAUGAGAUUGACCUAGAAAGUCUGAACCGUAAAGGUAAUUUACGGUUGUCAUUAGUGGACCACCAUGUAUUACAGCCCUCUGACACAGGCCUGGUGUCAAGUGUUGUAAAUGUGUUAGACCACCGCCCUCAGGAUCCUGCCUGGUCAUGGGACAAUACAGACAUCACACUGCGCAUUGUCGGAUCAUGCUGCACCCUUGUGGCAGAAAAACUUUUUACUGUAGCCCCAGACCUAGUAACGCCGAUAGUGGCUGUCUUACUGUUAGGCACGAUCCUGCUCGACACUGCUUGUUUAUCACCUGCAGUGGGAAGAGCUACUCCUCAGGACCACCAGAUGGCAGAAGCAUUGCAAGCUCGCUGUGACUCCCCCGUUGAACGGUACCAGCUAUUCAGAGAGCUGCAGGCAGCCAAGUCUGAUAUAUCCUCUCUCACCUCAUCUCAUCUCCUAAUAAAAGAUCUGAAAGUUGCAGCUGGAAUUCCAAUAGCUGGGCUGCCCAUUAAAGUUAAGGAGAUUUUGAAAAGGGAAGAUGCACAAAGAGCAGUACAAGAGUUUUGCAGAGCUCACAACACAAAAUUAUGUGUUGUGUACGGUUCACAGAUAGUUCAGGGGACAGUAACAAGGGACUUGGCUGUGUAUAACCAAGCUGAUGAGAAGACUGCCUUGGAGAUUGUUGCAGCUUUAACAAGUAAUAAAGAACCUGAUCUUGAUCUACAACCCCAACCUUGCUCAGUUGAAGGUUUCAUGCUGUUUGAUCAAUGUAACAUCAAAGCAACUAGAAAACAAAUUCUUCCUAUUAUUCGCCAAGUUGGAGAAAAGAUUUCAGUAGAAAAUUAACUUUGCUCCAGUUACAUAAUGUCCUCAUAGUAUAGCAGCCAAGAGCCAAUUUACAUUUUAUAAGCACACAACCUGG